AUAAAACUUGUUAGCAUAUCACCCUGUUCUUUAUCAUCCUUUACCACCUAAUCACAAGUGUAUUCACUUCUACUAACAAUAAAAAAUUAUAAUAAUGACUAAAACUCAUCAACUGCUUAUAUCAUUUCUAUUCAUAAAUCUAUUUAUCUUAUUAUUAUUAUUCAAUGUCCAAUGUUUAUCAACUAGUGAACUAUUGACACAUACAAAUAGAUAUAAAAAAUCUUUUAAAAUGAUACAUUAUUUAAUAAGACAAUGUGCACCAUAUUGUUUUAAUUCAGGUCAACUUGCUAAACCUGAUAUGCCAUGGAAAAAAUGUUAUUGUCUCUGUCCAACUGGUUAUUAUGGUGUUGCAUGUGAAUUUAAUGAAGAAUUAGACCAUUCAAACAAUUUACUACCACAUAUUCAAACUAUCAAGUAUAAUUUAUUACCAAUCGCCAGUAGUAAUAAUAAUCAACGCCAAGGACAACCACCACAACCACAGCAGCAUCAACAAGUAUCCUUGGAAUCAUCAGCAAUAAACAAUGAUCAAGAUAAUGUUGAAGAACGAUUGAUUAUUUUAAAAUGAAAUGUAAUUAUUAUCAUUAUUAUUAUUAUUACUAUUAUUGCUAUUUAUUUACAUAUGAGAAUAAAAAUAAACAAUUACUUUGUUAAGUCAUCAAAAAAAAGUGAAUAUCUACUAUAAU